AUGAACAGUUACGUGAGACACGGUGUAGACAGUCCCUACCCCCCUCAAGCACAACGUAACAAUUUUUUGAGAGCUAGAAACCCGCAACAACAAGGCAUUUACAAAGAAGCAAAAAGAAUUGAAGUGGUAGAUGUGGCAGCUACGCCAAAAGAAAAUGAUAAAAAUAACCCUGAACCUGAAACUCUUGAUUAUUACGACAAUUUUUAUCAUACGACCAAAAGUUUGCUGUAUAAGUACUACAAAGUGAUAGGCAGGCCAAUAAUAUUUAAAAACCUCACUAUAAUAACAUACUCUUUAUGCGUAUUUUCCUGGAUCCUUGGCGUUGUAAUCAUGCUUGCACAAUACUACUUGCAAGCCGAUAUGCUUCUGUGGCAUACUUUCGGUUACUACCAUAUUUUGGCGAUGUUGAACGGCCUUUGCAGUCUUUGGUUUAUAAACUGCACCGCCAAAGGCAGGGUUGCCAAAUGGUUGGCCGACAGUUUACAUGAAGCUCUGAAUUCUGAGGAUCCUGCCAGCAGAUUGGGACAGUAUAGGGAUCUGUGGGUAGAUUUGUCCCAUAUGAUGCAACAAUUAGGUAAGGCAUACAGUGGUAUGUACGGGAUCUACUGCAUACUGAUCCUUCUAACCACAAUUGUCGCCAGUUAUGGCUCCUUAACCGAGAUAAUGGACCAUGGCCUGUCGUUCAAAGAGGCUGGCCUCUUUCUUAUCUCCUUCUAUUGCAUGUCUCUGCUUUAUGUUAUUUGCAACGAAGCGCAUCACGCUUCGAGAAAAAUGGGCCCGGAGUUUAGAGAACGACUUUUAAAUGUCAAUUUGGGUUCUGUGGAUUCGAGGACUAGAGAGGAAGUAAACAUGUUUUUGACUGCUAUUGAUAAAAAUCCGCCAAUUAUGAAUUUAAAUGGGUACGCGAAUAUUAACAGGAAACUUAUUACGUCGGUGAGUAUCUUGUUUUCUUUUGAUUAUACUGAACAAUGGGCGAAAUGA